AAGAAUCUCCAAGAACAUCCCCACCACUAAGGACGUGGAACCGCUGCUGGAGAUCGAUGGAGACAUCCGUAGCUUCGAGGUCUUCCUGUCCUCCAGGACGCCCGUACUCGCUGCCAGAGAUGUGGAGAUGUUCCUGCCUUGCACCGUCAACCUGGACCCCAAACUCAGGGAGAUCAUAGCAGAUGUGCGUGCAGCCAGGGAGCAGAUGCACAUUGGAGGAGUGACCUAUCCCACGCUGCCCCUGCAAGAAGCAGUGCCCCGUCCGCAGUCAGGUUAUGGCCAGCACUCCGCCGCGUGCUCCCCGGCGGGCUCCUUCGUCGGAUCCCUGCCUCCUCCUCAGCCUCACAGUGCCUACUUCAGUGGGAUGACCGGCCCUCAGCACCCCUUCUACAACCGGCCUUAUUUCCCCCAUCAUGUGUAUCACCUGCCACGGCCUUACUCCCACCAUGUCCCCUCAUCCUCGCGUCCCUCCAUUAAACAUCCCGGUCAACUUAAGGACAACACCAAUGGACUUGAUGUUAUUGCAGAGGAUGCCAGAGAAGGCCUUCCCUCUGAACCUACCACGGCCUCUUCUGCGGUCCUGCUUAGCUCCAUGAACACAGAUGCAGUGUGUGAGCGUCUCAGGCAGGUGGAUGGAAUCGACCCCGGCAUGCUGCCUCAGUACUCCUCCACCAUCAAGAAGGCUAAUAUAAAUGGUCGAGUGCUGACUCAGUGCAACCUGGACGAGCUGAAGAAAGAGAUGGAGAUGAACUUUGGCGACUGGCAGCUCUUCAGGGGAACGGUGAUGGAGCAACGUCAUGCUGAAAGCCACGCUCUGCUACAAGAUGAGUCCCGAGCUGCUAGCGAGCAGGGCAGCAGCGUGCACCACGGGGAGCCCAGCAGACGCUCGGGGGGGGCCCAGCAUGAAGCGGCGGCCUUCAGCCUGAACCUCAGCUUCGAAGAGCUCAGCGGAGCGGGGCUGGAGGAACCUCCGAGACACAGCAACAACUCUCACUGGCCGGUGGCAAAUCUCCGCACGUCAAGCAUGUCGAGCCUCAACUCUCAGGAAUCCUCUAAUGACAUCUGCAAGCUGACAGACAAGCAGCAGGCUGAGUAUCAUGAUGCCUACAAAGAGUACAUCUCUCAGAUGGCCCAGGUGGAGAUGUCCGGCGCUGGGGGAGAGAGGCCCGUGCAGCCCCACCCGGGACAAUUCCUCCAGGCUGCCAGCUCAGAGGACAAAGGGGCCAAGGAAGGAGCUGACCAAGACAGCCGCAAGUCCUUCACCAAGAGAGGCUCCAAGACUAUCGAUGCCACAGACUUCCCCUCAGGGGCCGAUGCCCAGCUCCUAGACCCCAUCAGUGAAGAGGAUGAGAAGCUGGACCACAGCACAUCGUCCAGGACUCCAGGCUCCAGGAAGAAGGGAGCCGGGUCCUUGUACCACAAGCUGCCGAACGAUGAAGACUCCGGGCCAGAAGAAGCGGACAACACCACACCGCUCCUCCACAAAGAGGCUCGAGCUGGUGCUCUGCCCUUCCACUGCGGCUCCCAGCCCACCGGGCUCCUCACCAAGCCUGGCUUCCUCAGCGAAAUCCUCAUGGAUAAGAAGGACUCGUCCGACUCAGGGAUGCGUUCCAGUGACAGCUCCUCAGACCGCUCCUCAGACCGCUCUCUGGAAGAGGCUGAAGGAGACGCCGACGGAGAGAGAGAUGCGCUGAAGCCCAGUCUGAUCGAACUGGAGCUGGAGGGCCUGGUGAAGAAGAGAGGCCUCCUCCCCAGCAGCCUGAGCGGCCUGCAGGACGCAGCGGUGGCCCGAAUGUCCAUCUGCUCCGAGGCUCCGUCCGAGGCCAGCCUCAUGGCCAGCAGCCCAGAUGAGGGGUGGCCGUCCAGCGAGGUCAGCAACCUCAACUGCACCACCAGCAACAGCACCCUUAAUAACAACGCAAACAGCCCUAAUGACACCACCAACACCAACUACAGCCAUCUGCAGCCGGCUAACAUCACAGGCACGGAGUCCACCACCUCCUCCUCCAGCAUCAACGUCUCGCCAGCUGUCAUCAUCACCCCCGGCAGCAGCAGCACUGCCAACACCACAACUGCAGCCAUCCACAACCAGAACCUGCGCACCAUCAGCCUGGGAGACGAGAUAGAGAGCGUCCUCUGAGAAGCUGCUUGUUAUUGUGACGAGGGUCACGUAGACUUGUUGAUGUCGUUGGUGUACAUUAUUAUACUGUUGGUGUUGUGACGUGUUCCAAAGAAUUAGAUGUGUCCUAUAGUCAGGAAGGAAAGUGGUAGCAAGCGAUGCUGUGAAUCAAUAGUAGUGCAUUCAAAAGCUUUAAUUGGCUGGUUAGGUUUUUAAAAAAGAUAAUCGCCUUAAUUUAAACAAUUAUCUUAAGACGCAUUUAUAACUACAACUGGAAGUUAUUAAUACCAAAAAUAAAAUUGAAUCUGGUCAAAUUUGCAUAGCUUUAACCGUCCCAUGCGUUUUGGAUUAUUUGUUUGAAUAAUGUGUGAAUGUGGUGCUGUGAUGGAAAUAGUGUUUCUAGUGAGGAGUUGCAUGUUGUGGACGUCGUCAUGUUACGGAUAAAGAAGUGUGUUUUUCAGGAAAUGUAGUCACGACUGAAAAAUAAAGAUCUGUGUUACUGAUAACUUGUGUGUUACGUGCGGUGCCGUGUGUGUGUGAUAGUUAGAAUAUUUCAAAUAGAUGGUCGUGUUGACAGUGGUGCCGUCUGUGUGUUGUUGCCAGUUUCUGUGUAGUAGAAGUUUGUGUUCUGUGAAUCAAUAAACAUGUUGCUAUGUGGACCCUUGAAA